AUGGCGACUUUUAACCAGCGUGACCAGUAUUCUCAGCUUUCAGCUCAGAUAGAACAAAAGUUCUUGGACAAUCAACAAACAACAGAAAUCUACGAACAGAAAAAUCAAUGGCGCGCAGAAAUUGAAGGUAUCAUAAGAGAAAUGUAUCCAGGCUGUCGACUGGUUUUAUCUGGGUCGUCCGCUAAUGGCUUCGGUAGUGUUAAAAGCGACAUAGAUCUUGUGCUGUGUCUUGAGGGUUCAGCGACGACACCAGCGUCGGCUUUGAGAAGAAUUGAGACGCUUUUUACUCGGAAUCGUCGCCGUUUUCGUACAGAGGUACGUAUUUCGAAAAGAGAAUUGGUAAGGGGAUGUUUUUAGAAAUCGCGUGUGGGUCCUGCUCAAACCGUGACUUCUUCCUAGUUUGAUUUGUUCUCCGCAAAGUCCUUAAUUCAGCUCCUUAGUUUUUCUUGUUAAUUGCUGUCUCCUUUGUUUCUUGCCAGCUUGGAUUAGUUUUCGUCAAAAUUACUUGUUUCAGUUAUUUUCUUGACCGCACUUGCCUUAGUUGUGCAACGAAAAAAUAAUGAUAAAGGUAAAGAAAGGUAAUUUACCGUACAUAACUUAACUCUUACUUAACCUCCCUCCAUGGUUAAUUUGUGGAUCCUUGAAUUCUUGCAAAGGCGUAGCCGAUAUGUAACAUACUCACGAGAUUUGUACUGUUUAUAAUUUAAUUCCUCUCAAACACACCUCUACGCUACUUUAGGUUCUAUGGUGGGAAACAGGUACGCACUCUCACAAUUAAAUGUUUGGGAAUUGCCGUAGCGAAGUCCACAUUUUCCCGUUAUGAUUUUGAACAUUUGGAAGCCGCACCCGUCGCGUCGCGUCGCGUUCGCAAUUGUAUUUCUAAUUUGACUGCGUCAACUUUGUUUUAAAUAUGUUCGUCAGGUGUUUUCUUAUAGUUCUAACAACCGUAAAGAGAAUAACGAAAUAUAUUGUUCUGAUGAAUGAUGUUUUGUUUAAGUGAGUACCAACUUGAUUUUAAUUGACUUAUGUUCAUUUCACCACUAAUUGAAAUAGAAGAAGCUUUUGAAAAGGAAAAGAAGAACAGCAACGGAAAGAACAGCAAAAAUUUUUUAUAAUUAAAAGUCAGUUGAGCAAGACAUUUCCCUGCUUUAAUGAUAUACAUGGCAUCCUUUUAAACUAACAUGAAGAAGCUAGAUGACAUUUCUGACGAUUAUUUUCAACGCGCAUGCGUUGCGCCUCCCGAUUUUUGCUGGUAUCUCGCGGGCACAUGAUAAUUUGGACUACAUCAACAUUGGUCAUUAAAAGGUCUACAGCUUUCAAUUUUAUUUUAUUUGUAUUGUAGGUUAUUGCACACGCAAGGAUAAGAGUGCCCAUCAUGAAACUCGAGGACAGGGAGAAGUCGUUUGAAACCGAUAUUAGCGUGGAAAACUGGUGCAGUGUAAAAAAUGCUUUCCUUUUAAGGUGUUACUCAGCGUGUGACCCAAGAGUGAAACCACUUGUCAUGGUUGUAAAAUUGUGGGCUCAAAGAGCUGGAAUCACUGACGCAAGAUUAAAGCGACUUGCAGGUAUCGUAAAGUAUAAGAGCAUACCUACCUUUGCCUUUAAGUUUAGUUCUGGACCAGUUACAUAAGAAAACGUUAUGUUGGAAUCAACUGGCCCCUGUUGUACUUAAUGAAUAAGACCGCCCUGUUGAGCAGCACUUUUCAAGAUGGUCCUAUUUAUUAUUUUUCUGCUUUUAUCUUAUUUCUGUUUUUAUUUUUUUUAGUUUAUUUAUUUAUUGGUUUUACCAUUAUUAUUAUUAUUUCAACUAUUUCCAUAGAAUUUAAUUGUUAGCGCAUUUGUACAUUUCUAGAAUAUUAGUUUAGGUAGCUUUUAAUGUACAGGCGAAGAGCCACUUUGUGGAUUCUGUAUUUAAGUCAUCAUCAUUAUUAUUAUUAUUAUUAUUAUUAUUAUUAUUAUUAUUAUUAUUAUUAUUAUUGUUAUUAUAUUCUACCUUGGAGACUGUGGGUGAAAUCUUAUACUAUGAAUAUUGAAAAUUAAAGUUCUGAGUAGUAUCUCCCAAUAAUCCUGUUUAUUAUGCUGCACAAGAUAGUUGUAACAGUCGUAGAUAGUUCUAACUUUGACCUUGUACCGAAUAUGAUUCUAAAAAGGGACAUUUUAUGAAAGUUACUUUCCUAUGAGGUUGGCCGUUCUAAGGUUUGAGUCCGUGGAUCAAAUCCAAACUGUAACAAUUCAAAUAAAAGCUAAUCGGAGCUUCAGUACUUUCUUUCCUGUGGUACUGUUUAUUAUGCUGUACAAGGUGAUUCUCACUUUUAAGUCUGUUGAUGAAAUCGUAAAUUGUGACCAUUCAAAUAAAGGCUACUUUCCUGUGAUGCUAUUUGAAUUAUGGUGCUAAUAUCGUAAAUAAAUCUUAAUUGCAUAAUAUCGUCUUUGGAGAGUCAUGAGUUCGGUUUCCCUUGGGUACUCACUGAGAUUUUCCUUUCCUAUGUUCAUCACACAGCAAGCUGAAUUCUUAAUAAUUUACUUUUUUAUAUUAACUUUGUUUCACCGUUUCAGGUUUUGCCGUAGUUCUCCUGGUUAUCCAUUACCUUCAAGCCGGAUGUUCGCCCCCCGUCAUCCCCGCCUUACAACAGAUUUUUCCCCAUGUCUUUCAAAUCCCAAACAACGCAGUAAUCCACAAGCUUACCGCUGACUUUCCUCUAGAAAUUCGUUCUUUUAAAUCAAACAACACGCAAAGUCUCGGAGAGCUCUUCGUUGGUUUUUUUCCAUAUUUCUCUAGCUUCAAUUGGGAUAGAACCAUGUCCAUUCGCACUGGCUGCACACGACGCACUGAUAUGCAUGACAAUAUAUGGCGAGGACCUUACAUCAGACUCGAGGAUCCUUCAGAUGGGGGGAAUGUGACGAGAACCGUGUUUGAUUCCCAUGAGUUUUCACGCAUCAAGAGAGCUUUUAGCUCUGCGGCGUCCCAGACGAGACGAAACGCAUCUUUGGAUGAAUUUUUAUAA